GCUUUCACUCACGAGGACAGGUCUUGUCACGGUAAGACAGGCGGUCAUUCACUCAUUCUCUCUAUUGUCACUUUUCACCUGUCACUCCUCUUUCCGACCGUGCACGCUAAGCUCCCACCUGCAUGGCGGAGCGCACCGGCUUACCCGUCCUGGACCUUUCCAUGGCACAGGAUCCGGAACAGAAGGCGACGCUCCUCGAGCAGCUUCAUGACGCUCUGUUCAAUGUCGGGUUUCUCUAUAUAAAAAACCAUGGUGUCCCUUCCCAGACGAUCUCAAAUUUGGCUGCACUGCUGCCUGCGCUGUUUAACCAGCCAGCGGAAGCGAAGGCCUCCCUCACAAAACUGAACUCACCUCAUUUCUUAGGAUAUAGCGGUUAUGCUGAGGAAACCACAUUGGGCGAGAAGGAUCUCCGAGAACAAUUCGACCUUGCUACAGAGCUGCCAGUCGUUUACGAUCCGUUGGCGUCACAAACGGAUACGCGCAGGAAUUUCUCAAAGCCUUACUGGCACCUUCGAGGCCCCAAUCAAUGGCCGUCGGAGGGCUAUGUCCGUGGCUUCCGCAAGGCGUUCACAGAGUAUCAUGAUGCACUGCAAGAGCUAUCGUAUAGCUUUGUACACCUUGUUGAAGAAGCCUUCGGCAUCCCUGUGAGCACUUUCGAUGCCUUCUUUCCACGGCCUACGUCGGCUCAUGAAGGUGUGCACGACGAACACGUUGCUCUUAGGCCUCAGCACCGUAUUAAGUUGGUUCGGUACCCACCAAACCCGUGCAAUGAUACCCAGCAAGGUGUUGGUGCCCAUAAGGAUUCCAGUGGCUGGCUAACUUUCCUUUAUCAAGUUGGCAAAGAGGAGGGACUUGAAGUGCUUGAUGCGAGUGGGAACUGGAUCGCAGCUCCGCCCGUGGACGACACAUUCGUGGUUAAUUUUGGAAAUGCUUUCGAAGCUGCUACUGAGGGAGCUGUCAAAGCUACUGUCCACCGGGUCAAGGCCCCCGGCCCCAUGUCAAAUCCGCGAUACUCUAUCCCCUUUUUCCAAGGGCUUCCGCUCGAUCUAACAGUUUCUGAAAUCCGGUCCUACAUUCCAGGCACUGUCCGCAACCUUCGUCAAGAUCGACAGCAAACCACCAGUAAUGGAGACGUGUCCGCCUUCUUGGACCCCAGGUGGGACAGUCUCGGAGAAUCACAGCUCCGAAAGUGGAUUAGAAGUCAUGAAGAUGUUGGUAGAAAAUUCUAUGGGGACAUCACCGUGGCAUACUACCUGCAGUAGCUCGCGAGUGAAGGCAUUGCCAGCAGAUUUACGGUUCUUCACCAAGCGGCCGCUGCGGCUAUUCCUCAGCAGCAAGGCACGCAAACGCGGCUCACUCGGCAGAUGCUUAUCUCGGCAGAGCUUUCUUUCACUUUCUCUAUCCUGGAUUUGGCAGAAACUGCAGCGAGUCACAUUACGCUAACACGACGUUCCACCAUCGCACGCUAGAACGCGCCUUAUAGGCCUGUCUUCCCUACGGCCGAACGACGAAUCCAGAAGCUUCGCGGCCAAAAUACAUACGCCCAACUUGAACAUCUCCCUCACGGAGGUACUAUCGGCAACCAUUAGACUCUGGCGAAGAACCGAGCCACUAUCCCAUGGUGUGUACCACACAUCUGCGCAACGACUCACGGACCCUGCAGACGCCG